ACUCGGCGCCUCCCCCGCCGGGCCCGGGUUGCACGGCGGCCGGGCGGCCCUGGUAGCCGGCGAACGGCGCGGAAGAGGAGCGCGGCGCGCGAGUCUCAUUGUUGGGGGGGGGGCCCGUCGGGGCAUGAGGGCGAGAGCACGGCGGGGGGGGCGGCCAGACAGAGCGAGCGAGGAGGAGGAGGAGGACGCCGAGGAGGAGGAAGGAGGAGGCAAAGAAAAGAAGCGGCGGCGGCGGCGGCGGAGGAGGGGGCGAGGAGGCGCGCGGCCCCCGCUCCCUCCCUCCCCCUCUGACCCCCGACCCCCGCCGGCCGGCCCCCAGCCCCAGCCCCGGAGGGAGCUCAUGGGAGUAUGAAGGAGAUGGUAGGAGGCUGCUGCGUAUGUUCGGACGAGAGGGGCUGGGCCGAAAACCCGCUGGUCUACUGCGAUGGGCACGCAUGCAGCGUGGCCGUCCACCAAGCUUGCUAUGGCAUCGUCCAGGUGCCAACUGGACCCUGGUUCUGCAGGAAAUGUGAAUCUCAGGAGCGAGCAGCCAGGGUGAGGUGUGAGCUGUGCCCACACAAAGAUGGGGCAUUGAAGAGGACUGACAAUGGAGGCUGGGCCCACGUGGUGUGUGCCCUCUACAUCCCGGAGGUGCAGUUUGCCAACGUGCUCACCAUGGAGCCCAUUGUGCUGCAGUAUGUACCUCAUGAUCGCUUCAACAAGACCUGUUACAUCUGUGAGGAACAGGGCCGAGAGAGCAAAGCUGCCUCAGGAGCCUGCAUGACCUGUAACCGCCAUGGUUGUCGACAGGCUUUUCAUGUCACUUGUGCCCAGAUGGCAGGCCUGCUGUGUGAGGAAGAGGUGCUGGAGGUGGACAAUGUCAAGUACUGUGGCUACUGCAAAUACCACUUCAGCAAGAUGAAGCCAUCCCGUCACUCCGGUGGGGGAGGAGGAGGAACAGGAGGAGGAGGCAGUGGUGGAGGAGGCGGCGGCGGUGGUACCAGUGGUGGUGGCGGAGGCGGCACAGGGGGCAGCAGCAGCAGCAACAGCUUCCUGACUGGCAGGAGAAGUCGGUCGGCCUCACCGUCCACUCAGCAGGAGAAGCACCCGACCCACCAUGAGAAGGGCCAGAAGAAGAGUCGGAAGGAUAAAGAACGCCUUAAACAGAAGCACAAGAAGCGACCUGAGUCCCCUGCCAGCAUCCUCACCCCGCCUGUGGUCCCCACUGCUGAUAAGGUCUCCUCAGCUACUACUUCCUCCCACCAUGAGGGCGGCACUCAGGAGACCUCCGAGAGCAGCAGGGACUCAAAGGGGAAGAAGUCUUCCAGCCAUAGCCUGAGUCAUAAGGGGAAGAAACUGAGCAGUGGGAAAGGUGUGAGCAGUUUUACCUCCACGUCCUCCUCUUCCUCCUCCUCUUCCUCUUCCUCCUCCUCUGGGGGGUCUUUUCAGCCUGCAGGCCCAUCCUUGCAAAGCUCUCCUGACUUCGCAGCAUUCCCCAAGCUGGAGCAGCCUGAGGAAGACAAGUACUCCAAGCCCACAGCCCCCACUCCGCCAGCGCCUGCCUCGCCCACUGUCCCUGAGCCCCCGAAGGCUGACCUCUUUGAACAGAAGGUGGUCUUCUCUGGCUUUGGGCCCAUCAUGCGCUUCUCUACCACCUCCAACUCCAGCCGGGCCCGCGCCCCCUCACCCGGGGACUAUAAGUCUCCCCAUGUUUCCGGGGCCGGGGCCUCUGCAGGUACCCAUAAGCGGAUGCCUGCACUGAGUGCCACCCUUGGACCUGCUGAGGAGGCCCCUGAGACAGGACUGAAGGAGAAGAAGCACAAAGCCAGCAAGAGGAGCCGACAUGGGCCAGGCCGUCCCAAGGGCGGCCGAGGCAAAGACGGUGGUGCCUCGGGCCCGGCUGCCUCCCUUGCUGGGGCUCAGCUGGCUGGCUUUACUGCCACUGCUGCUUCACCCUUCUCCGGGGGUUCCCUGGUCAGCUCUGGCCUUGGGGGUCUGGCCUCCCGGACUUUUGGGCCUUCAGGAAGCUUGCCCAGUCUGAGCCUGGAAUCCCCUCUGCUGGGGGCAGGAAUCUACACCAGUAAUAAGGACCCCAUCUCCCAUGGUGGAGGGAUGCUGCGGGCUGUGUGUAGCACCCCACUCUCUUCCAGCCUGCUGGGGCCUCCAGGGACCUCAGCCUUGCCCCGCCUCAGCCGUUCCCCGUUCCCCAGCACCCUCCCAUCCUCUUCUGCUUCCAUCUCCACCACUCAGGUGUUUUCUCUGGCUGGCUCUACCUUCAGUCUCCCUUCUUCCCACAUCUUUGGAACCCCCAUGGGGACUGUAAACCCCCUCCUCACCCAAGCCGAGAAUAGCCACACAGAGCCAGACUUAGAAGACUGCAGCUUCCGGUGUCACGGGACCUCCCCCCAGGAGAGUCUCUCUUCCAUGUCUCCCAUCAGUAGCCUCCCUGCACUUUUUGACCAGACAACAUCAGCACCCUGUGGGGGUGGCCAGUUAGACGCCACAGCCCCAGGGACAACUAAUAUGGAGCAGCUGCUGGAGAAGCAGGGUGAUGGAGAGGCUGGUGUCAACAUUGUGGAGAUGCUGAAGGCCCUGCAUGCGCUACAGAAGGAAAACCAGCGGCUGCAGGAGCAGAUCCUGAGCCUGACAGCCAAGAAGGAGCGACUCCAGAUCCUCAAUGUACAGCUCUCCGUGCCCUUCCCCGCUCUGCCUGCUGCCUUGACUGUCACUAAUGGCCCUGUCCCAGGGCCCUAUGGGCUGCUUCCUCAAGCAGGCAGCAACGACUCCUUGAGCACCAGCAAGAGCCCUCCAGGGAAGAACAGCCUUGGCCUGGACAAUUCCCUGUCCACGUCUUCCGAGGACCCACACUCAGGCUGCCCGAGCCGCAGCAGCUCAUCGCUGUCCUUCCACAGCACGCCUCCACCGCUGCCCUUGCUCCAGCAGAGCCCUGCUACUCUGCCCUUGGCCCUGCCUGGGGCCCCUGCCCCGCUCCCACCUCAGCCGCAGAAUGGGCUGGGCCGGGCACCCGGAGCAGCGGGGCUGGGGGCCAUGCCCAUGGCUGAGGGGCUGUUAGGUGGGCUGUCGGGCAGCGGGAGCCUGCCCCUCAAUGGGCUUCUAGGGGGCUUGAAUGGGGCUGCUGCUCCCAACCCUGCAAGCUUGAGCCAGGCUGGCGGGGCCCCCACGCUUCAGCUGCCAGGUUGUCUCAACAGCCUGACAGAGCAGCAGAGGCACCUCCUUCAGCAGCAAGAGCAGCAGCUCCAGCAGCUCCAGCAGCUCCUGGCCUCUCCACAGCUGACCCCAGAGCACCAGACUGUGGUCUACCAAAUGAUCCAGCAGAUUCAGCAGAAACGGGAGUUACAGCGGCUGCAGAUGGCUGGGGGCUCCCAGCUGCCCAUGGCCAGUCUACUGGCUGGAAGCUCCGCCCCACUGCUGUCCGCGGGCACCCCUGGCCUGUUGCCCACCGCAUCAGCUCCACCCCUGCUGCCUGCUGGAGCCCUGGUGGCCCCUUCACUCGGCAGCAAUACAAGUCUCAUGGCUGCAGCAGCUGCGGCUGCGGCAGUAGCAGCAGCGGGCGGACCUCCAGUCCUCACUGCCCAGACCAACCCCUUUCUCAGCCUGCCUGGGGCAGAUGCCAGUGGGAGUGGCCCUAAAGGAGGGACUGCUGACAAAGGAGCCUCAGCUAGCCAGGAAAAAGGCUAACUCUACCCUGCCCCUCCUGACCCCUAUAUGGCUAGAGGGGCCUUGCCUGGAAUGGGAACCUUGGCCCAGACUCUGCAGAGCCAGGCCCAGAGCCUGUGCUAAUGCCCAGGGAGUGUGUGCCUGGACUUCCAGGUGCUGUGGAGAGGGAUUGGAGGGGAGACCUUCCACCUGGCCCAUUCCCUCACUGCACUGGCUGCUUCAGGAGAGCGGAUCAGGGGAAGACAGGCUCGAAGCCUGCCUAGGAGCUCCCGUCCUCUGCAGAUGCCUAGGGGCCCCCCAAAGAGCAAAGUAGGUCAUGGCAUAGGAAGUGGAGAGUUGGUUGGACCUACCACAUAAACCAGUCAGCACUUGGAUGGGGAAGGUGAGGGUGGGUGGGCCCUGGGCCUAUCCCCGCGUGGAAAUUCCGUAUGGAAAAAGGGCUGGUCCCAGGUGACCUUCAGUUUCUUCCCAGCAGAAGGGAUCCUUUGACUGUUUCUUGUCAUCCCUCCCCGCUAAGGGUCACAAGCUGAGCUUGGAAAAGCCUACAGAUGUGGGGGGCUGAGGAAGGGCAGGAUAGCACCUCUUGGGGCCCCAGGAUGGGGCUGGGCAGGGGGAAGACCCUCAUUGUCCUUGGUGCCCUGCCCCUUUUUGCACUAUUGGCUUGAGGAGUGCCGAGGGUGGGGAGAGGGAGCUGCGUGAGUGUGUGUAUGAUUGAGUGUGUGUGAGUGUGUGUGUGUAUUGAAUGGUCAGUCUGUUUAACCUGUCUGUCUGUCACCUCUUUCUCUGGACCUGGGGCUGCCGAGGGCAAGGGAAGACUCAGUGGCCAGUACCAGAGCAGGAGUUCCUAGCUCUUGUCACCUCUGUCUAUCCCCUGACCAGCUCUGGUCCUUUUCCAGGGCAUGUAUGGUUAACUUAAAAGGAACUAUAGUACUCCAGUAUUGGAGCAUUCCUGGGGGGCUGGGGGUUCUGAACAGGAUACUGUCUUACUUCCUUCCUCUGGACUCCACUCCAUCUCAGGGCCCCCUCAGGGCCUCCUCCCCCGCUAGUAGUUUGGUCUUCCCUAGCACAAGAGACUAGGGAAGGGGUAAAUGCCACUUCUUCUUAGCAAAAGUCUCCCCCUCAGACGUAGCCUGCCUCUUAAGCCCCACUUUCACCAGCUAGUAGAGCCACUUACACUAACAACUGUCCCUUUCACCCACCAGCUCUUUUCCAGGGUGUAGUAGUAGGUGGCAGUCAGUCUGCCCAAGCCGUUGGGAGUGCAGCCACGGAGGUCUGCGUCCCUUUGGUUGCACUGGCUGGGACUGAGGGUCAGUUCCAGAUUUCCCUAAUGUCCACGUCUGUGGGUCUCUUCGCAUGUGUGCAUUUUGGUGUGUUUCUGUUUGGGUUUUGUUUCUGGGGUUUUUUGGGAGUUUUUUGUUUUUGUUUUUUUUUUUUUUUUUCGUUUAAUAAAAAAAAAAGAUGUGUAUAUUUUUGGCAAUGACAGAAACGUAGUGCAGAUAUAUUUUUGCCUGUGCUGCUCAACUGUUUUUUUUUUUUCUGAUAUGGAAAAUACUAUUAAUAUUCCCAUUGGUAAGACUUUGUAAGAUAUUAGGGUGGGUUGGGAACCUUUCAGAGGCAAAUUCUUUGGCACUAGGAAGGAUUUUUUGGGGACACUUGAGAUGACGUCAGAAAUACUCACUUUUCUAACUACUUAAUAUCAGAAAGACAUCAUUUUCAUCUUUUCAGCUCUUUAACUCCUUGUCGAAAAGCCAGUGAUUCUCCAAAUUCCUAGACGACUUGCUCAUCCAGGCCCACCCCAUGAUGUCUGGAACAGGAGUUCUAGGUGCCCUGGGCCAGCUGCUCCCUGGCCCUGGUCACUCAGAUCUCUAGAACCCUGGUCUCAACUUUCAGGCGCUUUUUCCUACUUUGGGCCAGGAUGCGCUGGCAGACAGUCAGGUUCGGUUUGCUGAGAGCUCUUGGGCCUUGCAUGGAUUGGUGCUGCUCUUUUUUAAACAAGGUUUCUCUGUAUAGCCCUGGCUGUCCUGGAACUCUCUCUGUGACCAGGCUGACCUGCAACUCAGAUCUGCCUGCCUCUGCCUCCUGAGAGCUGGGAUCAAAGGCGUGUGCUGUCACCACUACUUGGUGGCAUUGCUGCUUAUAGUGAGGCAUGAGGGGAGCUGUGACAGUUCUCGGUGUGCAGCUUCACAGGGAAAAUUACCGUGACCCUCGAAAGGGAACAGAGUAUUGCAGAACGGCCAUAAUGACCUCACAUCUUCCAGCCUUGGUGCCCCCCCCCCCCCAAGGCCUACUCUUAUAUAGCUCUGGCUGUCCUGGAACUUGCUAUGCAGACCAGGCUGGCUUCAAAUUCACAGAGCUCUGCCUGUCUCUGCCUCCUGUGUGCUGGGAUUAAAGGUGUGUGCCACCAU